UUGCAUUGUGAAGCUGUCCAUGGUGCUGAAUUAAGUGCCCUGCUGAUUUGUACUACCUGCUCCACUCAUCUGUCACUUUGAUGAUUUUCAUUUCACAGCCCAUCACAACCAAACAUGGCAAGGAUAAGAUGUAUCCUAACUGCUGUUUCGGGUUUUUACUUCUGGGAAGCUGCACUUUUACUAAGUUUGGUCGCCACCAAAGAAACAGACAGUGCUCGAUCUCGUAGUCCACCUAUGUCACCAUCUGAUUUUUUGGACAAAAUGAUGGGAAGAACAUCUGGAUACGAUGCAAGAAUAAGACCUAAUUUCAAGGGACCACCGGUGAAUGUCACAUGCAAUAUAUUUGUAAACAGCUUUGGGUCAAUUGCUGAAACCACCAUGGACUACCGCUUGAAUAUCUUCCUGCGACAGAAGUGGAAUGACCCACGUCUUGCAUACAGCGAAUAUCCAGAUGACUCUUUAGAUUUAGAUCCUUCUAUGCUGGAUUCUAUAUGGAAGCCUGAUUUAUUCUUUGCAAAUGAAAAAGGCGCUAACUUUCAUGAAGUUACAACAGAUAAUAAGCUCCUAAGAAUCUUUAAAGAUGGAAAUGUUCUCUAUUCCAUUCGAUUGACACUUACAUUAUCCUGUCCUAUGGAUCUGAAAAAUUUCCCUAUGGAUGUUCAGACUUGUAUUAUGCAGUUGGAGAGCUUUGGAUACACAAUGAAUGAUCUUAUUUUUGAGUGGCAAGACAAUGCACCUGUGCAGCUUGCAGAUGGGCUGACCCUUCCACAGUUUGUUCUAAAAGAAGAAAAAGAUUUACGUUACUGUACAAAGCAUUAUAACACAGGAAAGUUUACAUGCAUUGAAGUUCGUUUCCAUCUAGAGAGGCAGAUGGGGUAUUACCUGAUUCAGAUGUACAUUCCCAGUCUUUUGAUUGUCAUUUUAUCGUGGGUGUCCUUUUGGAUCAAUAUGGAUGCAGCUCCAGCUAGAGUUGCUCUAGGUAUAACGACAGUGCUUACUAUGACAACACAGAGCUCUGGAUCUCGGACCUCCCUUCCAAAGGUGUCAUAUGUAAAAGCUAUUGAUAUCUGGAUGGCCGUUUGUCUCCUGUUUGUCUUUUCUGCAUUAUUGGAAUAUGCUGCGGUCAAUUUUGUGUCAAGGCAGCACAAAGAACUUCUCAGAUUUCGACGCAAGAGAAAGAAGGAUAAGGAUGAUGAUGUAAGGGAAAGUCGUUUUAGUUUUACAGCUUAUGGCAUGGGACCUUGUCUUCAAACAAAAGAUGGGGUAACUCCAAAGGGACCAAUCAAUCAAGCACCACCAACGCCAAAAACCCAUGAAGAAAUGAGAAAAGUGUUUAUAGACAGGGCAAAGAAGAUAGACACAAUUUCUCGAGCUGGCUUUCCACUCGCCUUUUUAAUAUUCAAUAUAUUCUACUGGGUCAUAUAUAAAAUUCUGCGACAUGAAGACAUUCAUCAACAGCAAGACUAAAGAACAGUAAAGUCUCAAGUGAAUCAUAGGCUCACACUAACAAGUUUGGAACCCAUAACCAGCAGAGCAGAAAACCCAACUUUCAUCAAUUUCUUAAUUAAUAUGGUCAUCAUAACACAUAGUUAGUAGAAACACAAUUAGAUGGUACAAAUACAGCUA